GGGAUCUGCGUGGUCGACCCAGUUAAUAAAAUGGAGAAAAAGAUAAGUUCGCUGCUGCCGGGGCCGCCAGCCUCCCCUGCAAACAAAGCCUAAGCUUGUUUUGCUGCGCUUUAGCUUGCUGUGAGCUUAAAGGCAGGCGGAGUUUUAAGUAGCUUUGAUGUGAAGAGCUCUGGCAUCUGUUUCCUCGGUGUAACUUACCCCUCAGGAUCCAGGCAGCGUUAAUUUGAUCCUGGAAUGUCGUCUUUGAAAAUAGGGUUUAAACUCCUUUAGUGAAAUCACGGGUAGUUGUGAUGUCGGAGCCCAAGCCGCCCACUCCUACCACUCCAACCGCUGGAGACACGUACAAGGGUUGGCUCUUCAAAUGGACUAAUUACAUAAAAGGCUACCAGAGACGGUGGUUUGUCCUCAGCAACGGGUUGCUGUCUUACUACAGGUCCCAGGCGGAGAUGGGUCACACUUGCAGAGGCACGAUAAACUUGGCCACGGCCAACAUCGCCGUGGAGGACUCGUGCAACUUUGUCGUCUCCAACGGAGGGGCGCAGACUUAUCACCUGAAGGCCAGCUCUGAAGUUGAGCGCCAGCGAUGGAUCACUGCGCUUGAACUGGCCAAAGCAAAAGCUGUGCGCAUGCAGGAUGAAUCUGAUGACUCUGGUGACGAGUUCUGUGUAGUCGCUCCUGUGUCGGGACAGGGCGCUGGCUCUCACAACUCUGAAAUCCAGUCCACACUGCGUACCCUGAGCAGCAAGGUGGAAGACCUCACCACCUGCAACGAUCUGAUUGUUAAACACGGCUCCGCUCUCCAAAGGUCUUUAUCCGAGCUGGAGGCGCUGCGUGUUGGAGCGGAGAUGGGGGAAAAGAUCAGACAAGUCACCGAAAGGGCCACACUGUUCCGAAUCACCUCCAAUGCCAUGAUCAAUGCUUGUAGAGACUUCCUCUCCAUAGCCCAGAUGCACAGUAAGCGCUGGCAGAAGGCCUUACAGACUGAAAGAGACCAAAGGAUUCGUCUGGAGGAGACUCUGGAACAACUAGCCAAACAGCACAACCACCUGGAGAGAGCGUUCAGAGGCGCCACAGUUCUUCCGCCUUCCUUGAGUAAUCCCAAUUUAAGCAUUAAAAGUGGUGUUUCAGGAAAGGGCGACGCCAGUGACGAAGACGAUGACAACGAGUUCUUCGAUGCGAUGGAAGACCCAACAGGGUUCAUUACUGUUCCGGCCGACCCCAAGUACCACCGAAGGUCUGGCAGCAAUGUCAGCGGGAUAAGCAGCGAGAUGGGAACGGACGACACGUCGUUUGAUGAACUUUCCUUGGCGUCUAAUUCAGAGUCUUUGCCGCCUCUUGAGCUGGAGCCGGUUAGGCAAAGAAGGACUCGUAUUCCUGACAAACCCAACUAUUACCUGAACUUGUGGAGCAUCAUGAAGAAUUGCAUUGGAAAAGAGCUCUCAAAGAUACCAAUGCCUGUCAAUUUCAACGAGCCGUUGUCGAUGCUUCAGCGUCUGUCUGAGGAUCUUGAAUACUACGAGCUCUUGGAUAAAGCUGCCAAGUGUCAUAACUCCUUAGAGCAGAUGUGUUAUGUGGCAGCGUUCACCGUCUCUUCCUACUCCACCACGGUCCACCGCACAGGAAAGCCCUUCAAUCCCUUAUUGGGGGAAACCUUCGAGCUCGAUCGGAUUCGAGAGUCCGGCUACCGCUCGCUUUGUGAACAGGUGAGUCACCACCCACCAGCCGCAGCUCACCACGCCUUCUCCGAAAAGGGCUGGACCCUUAGACAGGAGAUUACACUGGCCAGCAAGUUCAGAGGGAAAUAUCUUUCCAUUAUGCCACUGGGUUCUAUCCAGUGUAUAUUUGAUAAGAGCAACCAUCAGUACUCUUGGAAAAAAGUUACCACGACCGUACACAACAUUAUUGUUGGGAAGUUAUGGAUUGAUCAGUCGGGGGAGAUCGAUGUGGUGAACCACAAGACAGGAGAUCGCUGUCAUCUCAAGUUUGCUCCCUACAGCUACUUCUCUAGAGAUGUUCCAAGAAAGGUGACUGGAGUCGUGACGGAUAAGGAUGGAAAGGCUCAUUAUGUGCUGUCAGGAACAUGGGAUGAAAAGAUGGAGUUUUCCAGGAUAAUGCAAAGCAGUAAAGGGGAGAAUGGCACCGAAGGCAAACAGAGGACCGUUUACCAAACCCUGAAACCCAAAGAAAUCUGGAGAAAGAACCCUUUACCAGACGGAGCCGAGAACAUGUACUACUUCUCCUCUCUUGCGUUGACUCUUAACGAACCCGAGGAGGGCGUGGCGCCGACAGACAGCCGGCGGCGUCCGGACCAGCGGUUGAUGGAAGAAGGCCGCUGGGACGAAGCUAAUGCGGAGAAGCAGAGGCUUGAAGAAAAACAGCGCUCUACUCGGCGGGAAAGGGAAAAAGACGCGGUUAAAGCAGCUGCAACACCCGAGGAAGCUGAUGCACACGAGGCUGGCACCACAGCAAGUGAGGUUUCUGAUGAAACUGAUGCAGAGGACUCUCCUCCUCAUACGCCGGUUGCAUCCCCUUAUGGACCAUCAGUCCCCCUAUACCCAAUGGAAGUCAAGGAAGGUCCUUAUGGAGCUCCAGCCAAAAGUGCCCAUCCAGAAAACUACCAAGCUCUGUGGUUCGAGAAGAUAAACGACUCUGCAUCUGGGGAGACCUUGCACGUCUACAAGGGAGGGUACUGGGAAGCGAAGGAACAAGGAGGCUGGGAAAUGUGCCCAGACAUCUUCUGAUCACGGCUUCCUGAUAGUUGUAGCCUCAGGGUCCUGUGGACGUCGCUCCCACAGCAGGCUUGGCACUAACGUGGCGCUCUAAUUACUUUGCUACUGGUUGUGUUGCAUUCCCGUGGCCUCAUGAGUCGGAUCUAAAAUCUCGGGAUUAUUUCACCCAUAACUCAACCGCUUUCCAGGUGCAACAGAGAAAAACCAGCUGGGCAUGUUCCGUGUGCUCGGCGUAACUAUUAUUAUCAAUUCACGCCGAGAACAUGGAAACAUGCUGCGUCUUAUGCAGUCAGUCGCUGGGACGUUCACUAUUAAUGCACGAAUUGACACACAACAAAAUGUUCACCACUGCAGCCAUCAGCAUUUCUCCUGCACAAGGCAGCCAUGUUGAAUUUGGGGGUUCAGGAUGGUCAAAAAAAACAAAAAAA